AUGUCCCACCAAGACUCUUCGGCUCCCACAGGAAGCCUCACCGCCCAGGGCCCCUCUAACAGCGGUUACAACACCAACCCGGUAACUGUCAUCACUCAGACGGACUCCAGGGACAAAUGGAGCAAAAAAAUGGAUUUUUUGUUAUCUGUCAUUGGCUUUGCCGUGGAUCUUGGAAACGUCUGGAGAUUUCCAUACAUUUGUUACCAAAACGGAGGUGGGGCGUUUCUCAUUCCUUACGUCCUUAUGGCCAUCUUUGGAGGCGUACCGCUCUUCUACAUGGAACUGGCACUGGGACAGUUCCACAGAACAGGAGCCAUCUCCAUCUGGAAACACAUCUGUCCAAUUUUCAAAGGGAUAGGGUUUGCCAUCUGCAUCAUCGCACUGUAUGUGUCCUUCUACUACAACACCAUCAUCGCCUGGGCCCUUUUCUACUUCUACUCUUCCUUCACUAGCACUCUGCCCUGGACCAACUGCGACAACCCCUGGAACACAGCCAACUGCACCAAUUACUUUGGCAAGAACAAUGUCACUUGGACCAACUUCUCCAAGUCUCCAGCUGAAGAGUUUUACACGAGGAAUGUUCUGGAGAUUCAUAAGUCCUCAGGGCUGCGUAAUGUUGGUGGUAUUCGUUGGCAGCUUAUGCUCUGCCUCUUCCUGAUCUUCACAAUUGUCUAUUUUAGCCUGUGGAAGGGGGUCAAGACAUCAGGAAAGGUGGUGUGGGUGACAGCCACCCUGCCCUAUGUGGUUCUCUUUAUCCUGCUUAUCCGAGGUGCCACCCUCCCAGGAGCUUGGAGGGGCGUCUCCUUCUAUCUGAAACCCAAGUGGGAGAAGCUUCUGGAGACCAGCGUGUGGGUGGAUGCUGCUGCUCAGAUCUUCUUUUCCCUGGGCCCGGGGUUUGGUGUGCUCCUUGCCCUUGCCAGCUACAACCCCUUCACCAACAACUGUUACCGUGAUGCCAUCGUGACCAGUCUGGUGAACUGUCUGACCAGUUUCGUGUCAGGGUUUGUCAUCUUCACCGUGCUGGGCUACAUGGCAGAGAAGAGGAAUGUGGAGGUGGAGGAUGUAGCCAAAGACAAAGGACCCAGUCUGCUCUUUAUCACCUACCCUGAGGCCAUUGCCAACAUGGUGGGCUCCACUUUUUUUGCCAUCAUCUUUUUUGUGAUGAUGAUCACACUUGGCCUCGACAGCACGUUUGGAGGGCUGGAGGCCAUCAUCACUGCUGUAAUGGAUGAGUACCCAGAGUACCUGUCCCAGAGACGGGAGCUUUUUGUACUGGGUCUGGUCUCUGUGUGCUUUUUGGGCUCCCUCAGCACCCUUACCAAUGGUGGAGCCUACGUGGUUAAACUCUUGGAGGAAUUUGGUGUAAGCUGUUCCAUCAUUGCAGUUGGCUUCCUGGAAGCCAUCGCUGUUUCGUGGUUCUACGGUAUCCAGAGAUUCACCAAUGACAUUAAGUCCAUGCUGGGCUACACACCUGGAAUGUUCUGGAAAGUGUGCUGGGUGGCCAUCAGUCCUGCAUUUCUAGCUUAUAUCAUAGUGAGCUCUCUGCUGAACCAGCCACCGCUAACACUGUUUGACUAUGAGUACCCGGAGUGGAGCAUCAUUGUGGGCUACAUCAUCGGUGCAUCCUCCUUCAUGUGGAUUCCCAUAUAUAUGGUCUACAAGCUAGUGUGGACCCCAGGCUCUCUCAAGCAGCGCCUGGCUGUGUGCCUGCGACCGGAAAGGACCAUGCCAGACCUCCAGACGGACUCCCUCAGCAUGACCCCUGUCCCCUAGAGCUGCGGGGCACCCGAGAUCCAGCGGGGUGCGCGCGUGCUCAGACGGGGAAAC